UUAGAUUCUCAUUUAAUCACUUGGUAUGGAAUUUAGUUCUUUUUCAGUUGAAUUUUGCUCAAACUAAUGUUGUAUCUCUUUUCAACCUUCAAGAAGGCAGGCCUGGUUACAAGUUCAGUAUUUAUCAUAUGCUUGUGAUUUUACUGUUAGCUGAGUACAUGCAUCCCUCUUUUCAAGAAGCCAAGAAGGUUAUAGUUUCUAGAGGAUUGGGAUAUGAAAGUUCCCAUUAAAGCAAUUUUUUAUCAUUCAAGUAUAAGAGCAAACUAGAGAACAGGAUUUUGAUUGUGCUCAAGUACAGAUUGAAACCUUUGGUUACUCCUCAUUGCUCUAAUGGGGAUAUAAUCAUUCUUGAAACAUGCCUCAAACUCCUAAAAAAUCAUUCUUCUCCUUCUCUCUUAUUCCCUUCCUUCUGGUGUAUACACUCAUCCGCUUCGACUCAUCUUUAUUCGUUCAACUCCUGAAGUUCCCUCAAUGUCAAACACUAACUAUGCCUGAAUCAGUAGAUUCUGAGCCAUUUAUUUCUAGUAGCUCUGAUGAUUGCCACCAUCACCAGAAGCAACAAUCUGAUAGCAAAAAUUAUAUUGUUCGAUUUUAUCAGUAUAGAAAAGCUGAAGAUCACUGGAAUUAUCUUCAAGAUAACUUGAAGUUUAAGGGAUGGCAAUGGAUUGAGAGGAGAAAUCCGGCUGCAAGAUUUCCUACUGACUUUGGUUUGGUGGCAAUAGACAAGUCAGCAAAAGAACUUUUGCUAGAAAAGUUCAUAGAAUUGAAUCUUGUAAAAGACGUUUCAUUGGAUUUGAGCUAUCAAAGGAUAGUUCUUGAAGAGAAGAGUGAGAAGAUUGGAGCUUUUGCCAAUGGGAAGAAGAGGCCAGGGAAGAUUUUUUCUGCUAUGUCCUUCAGUGAAAGUCAAAAUUAUGCAGUGGCCAAUAAUAGUAAAUUGAAGAUUAGCUGGAAAAGACAUCUAUUGAUGCAGAAACCUCAAGUCACAUCCCUCUUCGGGGCACAUGCACUUUGGUCAAAAGGGAUUACUGGUGCUAAAGUCAAAAUGGCAAUUUUUGAUACAGGUAUUCGGGCAGGUCACCUUCAUUUUCGUAAUAUCAAGGAACGCACAAAUUGGACCAAUGAAGAUACAUUGAAUGACAAUGUAGGACAUGGGACAUUUGUAGCUGGUGUCAUUGCUAGUCAGGAUGAAGAAUGCCACGGUUUUGCUCCAGACACAGAGAUCUAUGCUUUCCGUGUAUUUACAGAUGCACAGGUCUCUUACACAUCGUGGUUUCUUGAUGCAUUUAAUUACGCAAUUGCAACCAACAUGGAUGUGCUGAAUUUGAGCAUAGGUGGACCUGAUUAUUUGGAUCUCCCUUUUGUGGAGAAGGUCUGGGAGCUUACCGCAAACAACAUUAUCAUGGUUUCCGCUGUUGGAAAUGAUGGACCACUUUAUGGUACUCUAAACAACCCUGCAGAUCAAAGUGAUGUUAUUGGUGUCGGUGCUAUUGAUUAUAGUGAUCAUGUAGCCUCAUUUUCAUCACGUGGCAUGAGUACUUGGGAAAUUCCUCAUGGUUAUGGCCGUGUGAAGCCAGACCUUGUUGCUUAUGGACGUGAGAUUAUGGGAUCCAAAAUCAGCACAGGUUGUAAAAGAUUAUCUGGCACAAGCGUGGCCAGUCCUGUGGUUGCUGGCGUAGUAUGCCUCCUUGUUAGCAUUGUACCUGAGAACAAGCGAAAGGGCAUUCUAAAUCCAGCCAGCGUCAAACAAGCACUGGUUGAGGGGGCAACAAAGCUUUCCGGUCCCAGCUUAUAUGAGCAGGGUGCUGGCAGGGUUAACUUGUUGGAGUCAUAUGAAAUUUUGAAACACUAUAAACCUCGAGCAAGCAUCUUUCCCAGUGUUCUUGAUUACACUGAUUGCCCUUACUCUUGGCCAUUUUGCCGUCAACCACUUUAUGCAGGUGCAAUGCCAGUUAUAUUUAAUGCCACUAUUUUAAAUGGAAUGGGUGUAGUUGGUUAUGUUGAGAGCCCGCCUACAUGGCAUCCUUCCAAUCAUGAAGGUAACCUUCUUAGCAUCCGUUUUACUUAUUCAGAUGUCAUUUGGCCUUGGUGUGGUUAUCUAGCACUACACAUUCAAAUCAAGGAAGAAGGAGCUCAAUUUUCAGAAGAAAUUGAAGGCAACAUAACUGUCAAAAUCUACAGCCCACCAGCUGUAGGCGAAAAGAGUCGGCGAAGUAGUGCCUGUGUCCUGCACUUGAAACUGCAAGUGAUUCCUACACCACCAAGAUCUGUACGGAUAUUAUGGGAUCAAUUUCACAGUAUAAAGUAUCCACCAGGUUAUAUUCCGAUAGAUUCCUUUGAUGUUAGGAAUGAUUUACUUGACUGGCAUGGGGAUCACCUGCAUACAAAUUUUCAUUCACUGUUUAACAUGCUAAGAGAUGCUGGAUACUAUAUAGAAACUCUUGGCUCCCCUCUCACAUGUUUUGAUGCGAAUCAGUAUGGGACGCUUCUCCUGGUGGAUCUCGAGGAUGAGUACUUCCCCGAAGAGAUAAAGAAGCUACAGGAUGAUGUCAUUAAUUCAGGUCUUGGUCUGGCUGUAUUUGCUGACUGGUAUAAUGUGGAUUCAAUGGUAAAGAUGAGAUUCUUUGAUGGUAAUACACAUAGCUGGUGGACACCAGUCACAGGAGGUGCCAAUGUUCCUGCUUUGAAUGAUCUUUUGGCUACCUUUGGGAUUGCAUUUGGUGAUAAAAUUCUAAAUGGUGAUUUUUUCUUCUCCAGUAAACAGAAUCGGUAUGCAUCUGGGACUGACAUUUUGAAGUUCCCGAGCGGUGGAUACUUGCACAGCUUUCCAUUCCUAGAUAGAUCGCAGAGCAUGGCCACUCAGAAUGUCAUAUUACCCGGCAUGGCCAAGAUAGAUUCACCUAUUCUUGGUUUUUUGGAGGUUGGUGGGGGUGGAAUUGCAGUAUAUGGAGACUCUAACUGUUUGGACAGCAGCCAUAUGGUUGCCGAUUGUUAUUGGCUUCUGAAGAAAAUAUUAGAUUUUACUAGCAGAAAUGAAAAAGACCCUGUACUUUUCUCAGAUUCAGUUAGACAAAAUACACCGUUAUAUGUUGACAAUAACAAGUUGCCAUCCCGCAGAACAGAUGUAAAUUUUUCUAUGUAUUCUAGUGUUGUUGGAAAGGAGUUGAUCUGCGAGCGUGACUCAAGAUUUGAAGUAUGGGGAACAAAGGGUUACAAUUUACCGUCCAGAAGAAAGAACUGCAGAUUGCCUGCCUAUCCUGGCAAUAACUUGGGUACAGGUCUCAAUUCUACUGUUGAAACUAAUUCAGCUCAGAAGAAUGGAGACUCUCUUGAGAACAAGUACUGGAGUUCAUUUUACAAAGAUGACAUUGACAUGCCUCUACUAGUUACUAGUCAUUGGUUUGUGCCAGCAAUUGUUGCCAUAAUUGGUCUAAUGCUCUUAUUCUGGGGCAUGCAACAGCGUGGCAUGAGGAGGAGAAGAUCUAGCUCAGGCCAUUUUUCUAGUUUAUAGCCCUAAUUUGACGUGGAUUAUACUUUUUUUGAUGUGCUUUCUAAGGUUUUGUGAUAUGAUUUAAGCAAUAUAUAUUGACAAAGCAAGCUAACUAAAUAUAGCAGGCUGAUAAUUCCGUUUUCCUUUGUUACCAUAUCAGACUUUGAAAUACUGGAUAAUUCUUCAAGAAACUUGGUUAUACCAGAUUAUUUUUCAUACACGCGCGAUUCUGAGAUGUAUUGUUGGACUAU